AGUGACAGUAAAUAAUUUUAUGAAUUUUGCUUUAUGAGUACACGUACCAACCUAAAAAUUUGGUUUAUUAACGCUUACUGUUCCGUCAUUUAAUGUAAAAAAAAAGAUAAGAAAAAUUUCUUUCAACCUAAUUAUUCAACAUGCAAAUUUUUGUAAAAACUCUUACCGGUAAAACUAUUACCCUUGAAGUAGAGGCAUCGGAUACAAUUGAAAAUGUUAAAGCUAAAAUUCAAGAUAAAGAAGGUAUCCCACCAGAUCAGCAGAGAUUAAUAUUUGCUGGGAAACAGUUGGAGGAUGGACGUACACUAUCAGAUUAUAAUAUUCAGAAAGAAUCUACUCUGCAUCUAGUUCUUCGUCUAAGAGGUGGAGUUAUUGAACCUACUUUGAUGAUUUUAGCACGUAAAUAUAAUUGUGAUAAAAUGAUUUGUCGCAAAUGUUAUGCUCGUCUUCAUCCAAGAGCAACAAAUUGUAGGAAAAAGAAAUGUGGUCAUACUAAUAACAUUCGUCCCAAAAAGAAAUUGAAGUAAACUAAAAUAUUGUAUUCUUUUUAUAUUUAUUGGACAAAAUAAAUUUAUAAAUUACAUUUUAUUUUGAAAAAUAAAUUGCUUUAAUAAUUUACUGAAUUGUAAAUAACAU